AUGACUGACUCGGUCCUUCCGGGUGUUAUCUGGUCCAUGAUAGGGACCUUAAUAGCAGCUGUUCUGUUCUGGUAUUUCUACAAGAGGAUCACAAGGAAAGUCCCCCUUAUUAAAGAGGGCAACUUGAAGAGCAGGUUUGAGUUGGUGGAUGGCGUAAGUCUAUUUGACAAUGAUCACAGUGAAUGCGCACGCCGUGUCAGAAUCGCUCUCCUGGAGAAAAACAUACCCUUCACCAAGGUAAAUGUUGACCUGGCUAUUGGAGAGCAGUAUACCGAAGACUACCUUGCUAUAAACCCAAAUGGGAAGGUUCCAGCAAUAUGUAUUCGGAACGUUCAGGGUGUACCAGACUGUAUUUUGUUCGAGUCGAACGUCAUCAUUGAAUACUUGGACAAGGUAUUCCCGGGGACGAGUCUGUUCCCAGAUGAUCCGUGGCAAUGUACCUGUGUAAAGAUGUGGCAGGAAUGGGAAGAACAAAUGGUGCAGGACUUCAUGGCCUUAUACUACCAGAAUAUGUUUGGUUUCCUCACAAGACUACAGUUUGGGUCGAUGAAGGCAUUGGAAACGUCCCUAAACAACGCCAUCUCCAAGAGCACGAAAGCAAUAUAUAUGAGGUCAUUUGAAGGCACGUAUAAGACUGUCGCAGAACUGGAACAACAUGGAUUCGCCUGUUAUAAAAUGCUGUUUAUGUUGGAAAAAGAGCUGGGUGGUAGACAGUUUCUGGUUGGCAAUUCCUUAACGGCGGCUGAUCUCGCCGUGUUUCCACGAGUAAGCAUGUUUCCGAAAAUCGGUCUUCCUAUUCCAGAGGACAUCUUUCCAAACGUAACUAAAUACUUAAAGGAUCUUGGGGCGAGAAAGUCAUUUGCCAUGAGUGAGGACGUGAAUACACAACGGUUAGGUUACUUCGUCACAUCUUUUGAGCGUGUGUUGGUGUGGAUAAGUAACGUCAGGAGUGGUAGAACGUGCUCCCGGGUGAAUGGAAGGACCGCUCUCUCGAGAGCAUCAGUAUUGUACAAAGAUGUGUCGGAAUACGAUGAAGUAUUAGACGAAUCAAUCAAUGGUAGAACAUUGACAGAAGUUUCCUUGUCGGCUGAGACCUGGCAGUGUACUCUACUGAUGAUGGAGAAGGAGAUGUCAUUUCGGUUGGCACAUGGUGACGUAAUGGACUUGAUAGGACGUUCAAGUGGCUGUGGAAGGCUUCAGUGUCUCAAAGAGGGCGAAGGAACAGUGUUCGGACAAUUGUCCACUCUCGAGUAUAUCGACCGGACGGGUUCAGGACAAAAUUUUCUUCCGAACGAUCCUUUGAAGAAGGCGGACGUUCAGUGUUGGCAGGCAUGGGAAAAAUCGUUGUACACAUCUGAUAUAUCACCCCUCAUCGAAAACAAAAUUCUGUCUCAGCUGUUGGUGACAAGGUACCAGGAUAAUAUUGAUUCGUUAAUGCAGCUGGAGUUUUCUCCCAAUCACGCCGACAGAUUUCCAGUUAUUGUCAAGUACUUCAUAUUAGGAAUGAAAAAUUCGGAUCGUCACGUGACGGAUAUGUUGACCAAAUAUAGUUCGGAAGGGAUCCCGUCUCAAGAGGAACAGCAGAAAUCAUGCGAGGGCCACCGGGAGAACAUACUGGAACGAUUGGAUUAUCUAGAGAGUACACUAAGGACACGCGUGUACCUGGUUGGGGAUGAGGUGACGCUGGCAGAUAUGUGUGUGUUCUGUAGACUUCAACAGCUGACUUUCCUAGACAUAGACAUUUUACCUGGCAGAUAUCCGUCCGUCUCUAAAUGGAUAGCAAAAUUGACAGAAAGGCCGGGCUUUUUCGCCAUUGCUGCUUCUGCCAAAUUACCUCUUCAGCUGAAAUAAGAUCAGUUCAAACCUUUGUUAUAUAUCGGGGACUGGAGUAACCGCCCUGUACCAUGCUAAUGAUGUGCUUACUUGAUAAAUGAUCCUAUAUCAAAAUACAUUAUAUUGCUUUGCCAGCUAAAUGAGGUGCUACUUAUAUUCAAGUUGUGUUCACAAGAAAACAUAAAAUGUGAAGAAAAUUGUUACAUAAGCUGCCCUACCAAUGUAACGACUCUCAGACUGGGUAAAUGAAUGAGUGUAUGUGAUAAUGGAUCAAAGAAAAUAUG